AUUUUGCCUCUGGGACCGGCUCACUUGGGCUUCUCCUCCGCAGCACUUGCUUGGUCUCUGCUGGACUCUGGAGAUGGCUUCACUAUACAUGGAAGAGAACAUUUACAACCUGCUGCCUGUCCCGGAAGAGAAAAGGCCUGCCGUCAAAGCCAAGCCACGCAGGUAUGUCUCCAUAUUCAAACCGUCCAUCAAACGCGAAAUAGAGGAGCGGAAGACGGACCCCUGCAGAACGAUGGGGAUCCCCAAGCUCCAGGUCCCCACCCCAAAGGACUUCCUCCGGAAACACUCCAAGACACCCAUGCUCCCAAAGCGCCAGAGGGCGUCCGGGAGCAAGAGACCUGUGGAGGCCCAGGUGCCGAAGUGCACGGAGCCCCCCGUGAUGGGCAUCCAGAGCAGCAAGAACUUCAUCUCCGCCAACGUCGCCGAGGCCAUCAUGGCCGUGGCCAAGAAGCCCCUCCGCGCCUGCGUUGACGUGCGCAAGGGGGACAAGUUCCUCAUCGAAAACUCUGGCCUCGUCAUAAAGUAUCGCAACAAGAAGGAUUUUGGUGCCAUUCCGUGGUACAUUAAGAAGUGGAAGAAGGAGGCGCAGGUGGCCCAGGAGGAGAGCGAGGCCUACGUGAAGGAGACCCUGAGGAAACACGGCUUGACCAAGCUCUCCAAGGAGGAGCGGCAGAGCGUCCUGGAGGGCCUCAAGACGAACUGGGAAGAGGUCCAUAAGCAGUUCCAGGCCCUCUCCGUGGUGAUUGAUUCGAUUUCGAAGAAACUUCGCAAAGAGAAACUGGAGUUGCAGAUGAAGCAGCUGGAAGAGGACAUCAAGGUCCUGGAGAAACACAAAGUCAUCUAUAUCAAGAACGAAUAGGGCCUGCGGUCCAAGGUGCCAGCCACGACCCAGCCAGUCAGGCCCUUCCCGGCCUCAUGGGUGCCAAUGGAAGAGUUGCUUGCGCUCCUCUUGCAUUGACCUCAGGGAGACUUGGAAGGUGCAUGACCUGGAGGGAUUGAGGCGGCUCAUUUACUUAUUUGUUUUCCAUAGCAGGGGUGGGAAGCCUGUGGCCCUGCAGAUAAUGUUGGACCGCAACUCCCAUCAGCCCCAACCAAUGUGAGCAGUGGUUCAGGUUGAUGGGAGGUGUCGUUCAACAAUAUCUGGAGGGCCCCAAUCUCUCUUCCUCUUAUUUUUUCAAUAGUAGGGUAGUUUGAAGUUUGUUGAAGUAGGUUGAAGACUUUGAUAUGUUCCCAAAGUUAUUUUUCCAAACAUGUGUGUGGUUUUAUCUCUAAAUAAAUGUUGACUGUGCUUAGUUUUACCAUU